CCAGCAUGGUCUACUCCAGCUUCCAGAAAUCCCAGAAGUUCUUGGCAAGCUCUCGGCAAGUCCACAAAACUGCUGCCCACGUGGUGGCCCAGAGCGCUCCUGAGGAGACCGUGACCAGCAGCUUCGCCUCGUUCAUCCACGCGGCACAGCCCGAGCACCUGUCCCAGACCGUGCGGCAGCGGAGCAAGAGGAUGAUCCUGGACAGCAUCGGCGUGGGGCUCGUGGGCAGCACCACGCGGGUCUUCGACAUCGCCCUGCGCUACUGCCGGCUGUACUCCUCCGUGGCCGUCAGCUCCGUCUAUGGAAAGCCAGGAGUGAAGCUGUCCCCGACGCUGGCUGCCUUCACCAAUGGCGUGGCGACUCAUUCCAUGGAUUUUGACGACACCUGGCACCCUGCCACUCACCCCUCCGGGGCCGUCCUGCCGGCUCUCCUGGCAGCUUCCCAGAUGCUCCCUCCCAACACCAAACCCAACGGCCUGGAUUUCCUGCUGGCGUUCAACGUGGGCCUGGAAGUGCAAGGGAGGCUCAUGCACUUCUCCACUGAGGCUCACGACAUUCCUAAAAGGUUCCACCCUCCCUCGGUGGUGGGCACCCUGGGCAGCGCCGCGGCCACGGCCAAGCUGCUGUCCCUCAGCUCGGCCCAGUGCUGCCACGCCCUGGGCAUCGCCGCGUCCCUCGCCGGGGCGCCCAUGGCCAACGCGGCCACCCAGGCCAAGCCACUGCACGUGGGCAACGCCACCCGCCUGGGCUUGGAGGCCGCUCUGCUGGCGGCCCGUGGGAUGGAAGCCAACCCCUUGAUCCUGGAUGAUAUCCCCGGCUGCUCGGGGUUCAGUGCCUUCUACAGCAUCUACCACCCCAAACCGUUGUCCGCGCCCGGAGAGCACCACGAGUUCCUCCUGGAAAAGCAGGACAUCGCCUUCAAGCGGUUCCCAGCCCACCUGGGGAUGCACUGGGUGGUGGAUGCUGCCUUGUCCGUCCGCAACCUCUUCAUCAACUACGCGGGGUCCUUCUCCCCGUCUCUGAUCCGCACCAUUGUGCUGAAGAUCCCGGUGUCCAAGUACAUCAACCGGCCUUUCCCCAGCUCGGAGCACCAGGCAAGGCACUCCUUCCAGUUCAACGCCUGUGCUGCCCUGCUGGAUGGCGAGGUGGGCCUGGGCUCCUUCUCUGAGAGCAGCAUCCACCGGCAGGAGCUCAGGGAGCUGCUGGACAAGGUGGUGGUGGAGCACCCUGAAGACAACGUGGCCAACUUUGACAAGAUGUAUGGAGAGGUGGCCCUGCUCCUGCACAGCGGGGACGUGCUGACGGGCAAAUGUGACACUUUCUAUGGGCACUGGAGGAAGCCCCUGAGCAAAGAGUCGCUCCUGAAGAAGUUUAGAUCCAACGCCUCCCACGUGCUUCCAGAAGAAAAAAUAGAAGCCAUCAUCACUCUGGUGGACAACCUGGAGAACCUGUCAGACAGCUCCCAGCUGGCCUGCAGCCUGUGAGGGGACAGCGUGGGGGCUUGGUGAGGGACAUGUCCUGGUGAAACUGCUAUUCCUUUCCUCAUUGGUGCUUUCCUAUUGAUUCCCAAGGACCGGGAAGUUCCCACCCCUUCCAGUAGAUAAUUCCUAAGGAACCCACGAGGCAGGAGGUGUGUCUGGGUUAGCACACGGAGUAAACUUUGACUCCUGCUUGAUGCUGAGGUGCUGAAAGACCACCACAAGUAUAAAAAAAUUCCCAUGGAAAUCUCUGAGAAUCCUGGGGUGUCAUCCAGUUCUCCAGAAGGAACGGUGCCCAGGCAUUUCUUACAGCUGGAUUCCAAGAUUUUUCUGUGCAGAACGCCUGACCACUGAGUCUGGGAAGGGGAGGAAGUCCAGCUGCAGAGCCUGUGCUUUUCUUAGUGCUCUUCUGGGCACUUUUGGGAUCAGGCUCAGGCAGUCCCACUGGCCACAAGAAAAAUCCAUCCUUGCUGCAAACAGCCCUGCCUGCAGAACUCUCUGGAAGAGAGGGAUUAUCUUCCUUUCCUGUAAAAGCCCCCCGUUUCUCCAGCCUGUGGGCAGUGUUUGCCACUUCUCUGUGUACAAAGGAUGGUUUGAGGACCCUUGAGACCUGGAUGUCUUUUCUGAAGGGAAGAGGGUUGGUAGAUGAGGAAUCC